AUGGCCAACCUCCGUGGGGCCGUGCUGUUGGUUCUGUGGCUUCUGCCAGAAUGGGUAAAGAGUCAAGAGAAGAAUGAUGGCCAGGAGGUUAGGCAAAAUUCUCCAUCUCUGACUGUUCAAGAAGGAGGGAUUUCUAUCCUGACUUGUGACUACAAUAAUAAUAUGUUUGACUAUUUUGCUUGGUACAAAAAAUACCCUGCCAACAGCCCUACAUUCCUGAUAUCUCUCCGUUCAAAUGUGGAUAAGAAUGAAGACGGAAGAUUCACAAUCUUCUUCAACAAAAGCGGCAAACGUUUCUCACUGCACAUUGCAACCUCCCAGCCCGGAGACUCAGCAAUGUACUUCUGUGCCGCAGGUGAUAAUAAUGCAGGCACCAAGCUCACCUUUGGAGGGGGAACAAGGUUAAUGGUCAAACCCCACAUCCAGGACCCAAAACCAGCAGUGUACGAGCUGAGAGAUCCCAAGUCCAAGAACAACAGCAUCUGCCUGUUCACCGACUUCGAUUCUAAAGUCAAUGUGUCAAAGGACAUGGCAUCUGAAGUGUUCAUCUCUGACAAGACUGUGCUGGACAUGAGGUCUAUGGAUUCCAAGAGCAACGGAGCCAUUGCCUGGAGCGACCAAAAUGGUUUCAACUGUCAAGAUGUCUUCAAGGAGAACGCCUCCUACACCAGCUCAGACAUUCCCUGCGAUGCCAAGUUGAUAGAGAAAAGCUUUGAAACAGAUAUGAACCUAAACUUUCAAAACCUGUCAGUGAUGGGACUCCGAAUCCUACUCCUGAAAGUGGCCGGAUUCAACCUGCUCAUGACGCUGCGCCUGUGGUCCAGCUGAGGUCAGCAAGACGGAAAGAGGUUGAACUCCCAAGCUCCUUCCUCUUCAUCAUCCCUCCUCGCCCUCUUCAAGCAAAAAGGAGCCCUCCCACCCCAGAAAGAAGGCUCUCGGUCUGACUGGCUCACAAUCCCGCCGCCACCGACAGGAUCUCCUGACUUUGUGAUGGAGAUUGCUGAACUGCUGCUAAUUGCUACUGUACCUACUGCUGCUGGCCAUUCACAGGAAAGGCGGGGACUGCGAUUUCUCCUGGAUAUGAAGACCCCCCACUUCCCCACCCUCCACCACCCCACCCCAUCCCAUGACAGAUCCCCAGUAGAAGCUCCUGGAGAAUGUUGUAAAGAACAUGCUUUUGUUUUUUUGUUUUAAAGCAUCCAUAAAGAACUCCACAUUACCCUUUCCUCAAGGUGUAGAAAAGAUGACCUCAUUGUCUAGACCUUCCCUGCUACCGUGUAUGUAUCUGAGCCACAUUGUAUAUCGUUCUGCUGCCCGUGACUUCAUUAAAGAUGACUCAGAAGAGCA